GCGCAGCGCUGCUGGCGUUCUGGGAGGCGAUGGGGAGCAGCGAGGGGCUGCGGGCGAGCGGGUGGGGCAACGCGUCUCUGCCGUGUGACCCGCAGAAACCACCGUGGGGAGGCGUUCACUGCAGCCCCACAGGGCACGUGGACGGCAUAGAGUUGCCGUUCAAGGGACCGGAGUCACCUCAGGGGAAGCAGCUGCAGGGGCAGGUGCCAUGGGCGGGCAUGACAGCCCUUGCGCAUCUCACAGCGCUCGACCUCAGCUUCAACCAGGCCUCGGGCCCUCCCGUCACCCCUGCUGUUGCCGCCUUCACUGCCCUCCAAGCCCUCCAGUUGCAGUACAACAAGCUCUCAGGCCCCGUCCCUGCUGUUAUCGGCUCGCUGCGAGCGCUGCAGAUACUCGAGCUGGGCUACAAUCAACUCUCAGGCCCGCUGCCUUCCACCCUCGGCCUGCUGCCCUCGCUGCAAGCACUCCGCAUCCCCUUCAGCAACAUCACGGGGUCCCUGCCAGCCACUCUCUCCCGCCUCGCAGCACUGAGUUCACUGCGACUCACACAGAACCUUCUCGCUGGCCCGCUCCCCGCCAACCUCUCAGCACUCACCGCGCUAACCGAGCUCAAUCUGGCGAAGAAUCAGUUUAACGGCUCCCUGCCUGCCUCGUGGGGUGCUCUCUCCUCGCUUGUCGACCUCAAGCUGUCAUCAAAUGCUCUCACCGGCACGCUGCCAGCCUCCUGGAGCAAGCUCUCUGCGCUCAGGCAGUUUGGGGCAGGCAGCAACAACAUCACAGGGCCCUUCCCCUCCUUCCUGUUCUUGCUGCCAAACAUAGAGGAAAUCUACCUCAACAGCAACAGCAUGUACGGCCCAGUGCCGCCCAACAUCACCAUCUCCCCCAGCGUUGCAACCCUGGACAUCGGGCUGAACUAUUUCAACGGCUCUGUGCCACUCGCUCUGGACCAACCCGGCUUCACCUUCGUGGACAACUGUUUCAAUGGGACGGGCAGCACCAAUCAGAAGCAGCAGAACAGCACCACCUGCAACAUCUUCUACAACCUGCUCUACCCUCCGCCCCCUCCCGGCCCACCAAUUCAGGAAGUGGUGACAGUGUCAUCCUCGUCCUUCCCAAUAGCGGCAGUGGUGGUGCCGGUGGUGGUGGUGGUGCUAGUGCUGCUGCUCGCUGUCUUCCUCUGGCGCCGCUGGCGCUCAGAGAGGCUAGCGAGAAUGCUGCGCAAGGAGAUUGGCAGCAGCUCGCGCGUGUUCUCCCUGGCGGAGCUGCGGCGGGCCACAAAGGAGUGGCAGGCGGAGAUUGGGCGGGGCGGGUAUGGCAGCGUGUACAAGGCGGUGCUGAAAGACAAGACGGUGGUGGCUGUGAAACGGUUGGAUGUGGUGUCGGACCAGGGUGACAGGGAGUUCAUCCGCGAGGUGGAGCUGCUCUCACGAGUGCACCACCGCCACCUGGUGAAUCUCCUGGGCUUCUGUGCCGAGAAGGAGGAGCGCGCGCUCGUGUACGAGUACAUGGGGCUGGGGUCGCUGUUCGACCACCUGCACGGCCCCAAUGCCAAAGAGACACCCCUGUCAUGGGACUCGCGCAUCAAGAUCGCCAUCCACGUGGCUCUCGGCAUUGACUACCUGCAUUAUGGUGCCGACCCCCCACUCAUCCACCGCGACAUCAAGUCAGGCAACAUCCUUCUCUCGGAGGACGGCUUGGCGAAAGUCGCGGAUUUCGGGCUGUGCAAGGAGGUGCCGGUGGACGUGACGCCAGAAGGCCAGCCGCAGCUGCUGCCGCCCACCACGGCGGUGCGGGGCUCGUUCGGGUACCUGGACCCUGAGUAUGUGAGCACGUCGCUGCUCACCGACAAGAGCGAUGUUUACAGCUACGGGGUCGUGCUGCUGGAGCUGCUUUCGGGGAAAUACGCGAUUCACGAGAAGCAACCACUUGCGUAUUGGGCGGAGGAGUAUCUGAUGGACAGCGAGCGUCUGGUGGAGCUGCUGGACCCGGCUCUGGGCAGCGACUACGACCUGCAUGAGGCGCAGAUACUGUGUGACAUUGCCCGGAGCUGCGUGCAGGACCGCUCUGCGGACCGACCAGCCAUCAGGGACGUGGCGCAGGCACUGGUGGAGCAUCUGGGGCGCGUGGUGGUGCUGCCCUCCUCCACCGCCUCCUCCGAGUACAGCUAUGGCUACUCCUAUGAUGACUAUGGCUCGCAGCAGCCUUUUUUUUCGGGCAGCCUGCCCGACACCUCGGGCAGCUACACGGGGGAUUCGCCUGGGAACCCGGUUGCUGGUGGUGCUGCAAACGGUGGUGCGGGUGGGAAGGCAGGGGAUGGGUUCACGCCGCCUGUGCCCAUUGGGGCGCAUGAGGGCACGGUGUGA